GCAGGUGUGCGGUCGCUUCCCUCCGCUCCCCGUUAUUCUUUGCAGACGCUCCCCGGCGCCGGGCAUGGGCGCCGCCGCCGCCGCCGCCGUCGGUCCUCGGGCCGGAUUCCGUGCGCGGUGCCCCUGAGGCUCUUAGCUGCUGGGGUCCGCGGGAGGCCGCGCCAUGAAUGAGCGAAACAUUAGCCGGAGGAGGACAGUGAAGAAGGACAAUGAGGCCUUCGAGAUUUCCAUCCCCUUCGACGAGACGCCCCACCUAGACCCACAGAUCUUUUACAGUCUGAGCCCCUCUCAGGGAAACUUCGAGGAGCCUCCGGAGGCUGCGUCCCCGACUGUGGCCCUGAUGAAUGGUGUCAGGGCCCAGCUGCACAUGGCGCUGGAGAGGAACUCAUGGCUGCAGAAGCGCAUUGAGGACCUGGAGGAGGAGAGGGACUUCCUGCGGUGUCAGCUGGACAAGUUCAUCUCCUCUGCCCGCAUGGAUGCAGAGGACCACUGCCGGCUGAAGUCUGGGCCCCGGCGGGCUGAGGGGGACGGCAGAGGCGGGGCUGGGGGCGAGGCCUCAGACCCCGAGUCGGCGGCCUCCUCACUCAGCGGAGCGUCUGCACAAGGCAGUAACGGGGAGAGGAAGAGGCAGAAGCAGAAAGGGGGCACUGGCCGGAGGCGCUUCGGGAAGCCCAAGGCCCGGGAGAGGCAGCGGGUGAAGGACGCCGACGGUGUGCUCUGCCGCUACAAGAAGAUCCUGGGCACCUUCCAAAAGCUGAAGAGCAUGUCUCGGGCCUUCGAGCACCACCGAGUGGACCGCAACACGGUGGCGCUGACCACGCCCAUCGCGGAGUUGCUCAUCGUGGCCCCCGAGAAGCUGGCGGAGGUGGGCGAGUUCGACCCCUCCAAGGAGCGUCUGCUCGAGUACUCGCGCCGCUGCUUCCUGGCCCUGGACGAUGAGACCCUCAAGAAGGUGCAGGCCCUCAAGAAGAGCAAGUUGCUGCUUCCCAUCACUUACCGCUUCAAGCGGUGAUCCCGCCCCACCUGGCCCGGGACAGGCCCCCGGCCCCUCUUUCCCUCCCCCUCCGCCCUCCCGGCACUGGUCAAGCGUGUGUAGGAGUGGUGGACCCUCACGAGGGCAUGGGGCGGGUGGGUGGCCUGUUUCUGCGCGUGCCUCUCUCCCUCCCCUCCUGCGGACCGCCACCCCCUCCCCGGGUCCCCUGUAUAUAGAUCUGCCCCUUUGCCUCUCUCAUUCCUAGCAUCCUCCCCGUCCUCCGCAUUCCCUGGGGUGGGGGCGGUCCAAGAACUACUGUCCAGGGACCGGUUUCUGCCCUUUCCUAAACACUGGCACCCCCUCCCACCUGAGCGGCACCGUCCUGCCGUCACCCGGCCCUUGCUCCUGGGAAAACUGCGGGACUGCGGGGCGAGGGCACUGUACAUACCCCGUUGCCGCCCCCAGCCCCGAGGAGAAGCUGGCCCACCUGCCCGCCCUGCAAGGAGCUCCCCAACGCGUUCCGGGACCGCCCCGAGUCCACGUGAGACAGAGAAUUAUUAAGAGAAUUUAAAUUAAAAAGAGAUGAUAAAAUUUGG